UUAACCUAUAAAAUUAAAAAAAAUGACAAGAAAAUUAUAUCAAUCAAGUUAUAAUAAUCGAAUUAAACGAAAAUGUGUGGAAAAAUUGCGUUUGCAACGGUUUAUUGCGCAUUAUUGUUAAAUUUUAGCACCUACAUAUGCUUAUUAGAUUGGUACGAGUUUUUUACAACCUUAUCUUUCAUCGAUUUAAAUAAAGAAUACAAAUUUGAUUACAUCAUUGUUGGUGGAGGCACAGCUGGAAGCAUUUUAGCGUUCAGAUUAUCCCAAAACCCCAACAAUAAAGUUUUACUUCUCGAGGCAGGUUCGAUGGGAAAAUCUAGCAUAUUAGACAUUCCCUUAAUAACACCUUUAUUACAUAAAUCCAUUUAUGAUUGGAAAUAUAAAACUGUUCCCCAAGACAAUGCUUGUUGGGCGUUUAAAGAUAACUCGAGUUCAUGGCCAAGCGGAAAAGUGUUGGGUGGUUCAGGAAGAUUAAACCACAUGCUUUACACUAGAGGACACCCCGAUGAUUAUAAAGAGUGGUUCAUAGAUUGCGAUUGCGACUUUAAUUACGAACAAGAAAUUUUGUAUUAUAUGAAAAAAUCCGAAAAUCAAGUUGGGUCACAAUCGAAUAACGAAUAUUAUCACGGAAGAGGUGGCACAUUAAUCGUAGACGAUAUGGUUUAUCAAUCCGAGUUAUACGACUCAAUUUUUAAUGCAGCAAAUUGUUUAAAUUUACCGAUUAGAGAUGUAAAUGGAAAAUUUAGUAGUGGGUUCUCACCGAUUCAAAUCAAUAUAAAAAAUGGGAAACGAUUCACUCCAAUACAUCAUCUUUUACAAAAUCAACAGCCAAAUUUAGUCAUUAAAACCCAAUCCACGGCGAAAGAGAUUCUUUUAAAUGCAAAUUUAGAGGCGUAUGGGGUAAAUUUUAUAAAAUCGGGUGAUAAAUACGAUGUUUUUGCAUCAAAAGGGGUUAUAAUAAGUUCUGGGACUAUUGGAAGUCCAAAAUUGUUAAUGUUAUCAGGAAUAGGUCCUAAAAAACAUUUACAAAGCAUCGGGAUUAAAGCUAAACUCGAUUUACCUGUAGGAUAUAACUUACAAGAUCAUAUCAGUACAGGUUUUGACUUAAUCAUAUUUGAAGAACCCCUCGAUUUUCACAAAAAGUUCGUUUCGCCCGUUGAAGUACUUAAAUACAUUUUAAAAGAAAACGGGAUCCUUACAAGUGUUGGAGUCGAAGUUUUAGCGUUUUUAAACACUUUUUGUUUAGAGAAUGUUAUAGGUUAUGAUCUUUGCGAGGCUGAAUUUAAUCAUCGCCCUAAUAUCGAGUUCCUUUUUAUGCAAGCCGGAUUAGCAACUGAUUAUGGAAUGAGAAUGAGACAUAUCGUCGGUUUAAAAAGCGUCGUUUGGAAAGAGUAUUACUCAAAAUUUGUGAAUAAUUACACAGCAAGUUUUCUUCCGAUACUUUUAAGACCGAAAAGUCGAGGUUAUGUGAAAUUAAAAAACUCAAAAAUCGAUUCAAAACCAAUCAUUAAUCCAAAUUAUUUAUCAGAGAAAGAUGACAUAAACAUUUUAUUAGCCGGAAUUAGAUUUAUUAAGAAACUCGUGGAAACGCCCCCAAUGAGAAAGAUAGGGGCAAGAUUUAAUCGAGAAAUUUUCCCUUUUUGCAAGACUUUUACAUUCGAUUCUGAUGAUUAUUGGAAAUGUUACAUAAAAUACAUGUCGUUUACGAUAUAUCACCCGGUUGGAACGUGUAAAAUGGGAAGUUUUAGUGAUGAAAGCGCCGUCGUUACGCGCGAUUUUAAAGUUAAAGGUGCUAAGAAACUUUACGUUGUUGACGCUUCCGUUAUACCUAAACUAAUUAGUGCUAAUACUAACGCUGCUGUCGCUAUGAUUGCGGAAAAAGCUGCGGAUUCUAUUAAAAUGUCUGAAGUGUCUUCCAAAAAAAUGUGUAAAGCACAACCUAUUUGUAAUUAAAAUUGAAAAAAUCAACAUAUUCAUAAAUGUUAAAUUUAUUUUGA